AACGUAACUGUCAGUACUGUCAACAGCAGCAUCGCAAACGGGGGAAAAAACGCGGAAGCAUCGUACGAGGCGGGCAAACGCAAAAACACACAGCGAAAUCGCUCCAAUUUGUGCUUCAUUCCACGGAACGUGCCAGCGCGCUACCACCACCACCACCAGCAGCAACCAUGUCGAGCACAUCGCAAAAGCAUAGAAAUUUCGUGGCGGAACCGAUGGGCGAAAAGCCCGUCACAGAUCUGGCCGGUGUGGGCGACGUCCUCGGCAAACGGUUAGAGGCAGCCGGCUUCGACCGGGCGUACACGGUGCUCGGCCAGUACCUAAUCCUGAAGAAGGACGCAGAGCUGUUCAAGGAGUGGAUGAAGGACACCUGCGGCGCGAACUCGAAACAGGCGGCCGACUGCUACCAGUGCUUGAGCGAUUGGUGCGACGAGUUCCUGUAAAUAACGACCAGCAACGCCUGCAUUUCAGCGCAUUUUGACAAACGGAAUACAGCACGCGUCCCAGCAGCAGCAUCCGGCCGGGUUUGCGGUUGAGUCAGCAGCUCCUCCGUCCCUCGGAAAGCCGCUGAUGCGCUGUAACCCUUCACACUAACACGGACGCACACAUACACACACGCUCGGACCCUGCGUGAAUCGGUUUGGGUGGUGGGCGUACGGCGUUAGUUUUGUUAGCUUUUAAGUAACGAAUUCAGACGAAUGGACUAUUUACUGCAAUUUAAAUAUUAACCUAUAUAAAAUCUCCGAUAGACUAAGUGAAGUGAAACCCGAA